CAGCUUUUACAACGAGCCUGGGAAAAAAUUCUACCUCGUUAUAAUUUACGCCAUUAUAGUUUGUGCCGAACUGCUUUUGAAUUAUUGCUAGAUGCGGUAGAAGAAAGCAGAUUAAUUACUUUAAAAUUACCCAGAACUAAACAAGAAGUAUUAAAUUAUUUAGAAACUAAAAAGCAACAAAAUAUCGAACGAGAACUAGAUCAGUUUGAAGACAUAUUAAGGAUGUCCAAUGAACGAUUAAGGUUAAUCAAUGAUGAAUUUAAUCACAUCAACAACAUACUUUAUCCCAAUCAGCCUUUUAGUUUCCAAAUUCUAAGAGUUGAAAUCAGAAGACUAAAAGUCCAAGAUUUAAUUAUCCAUAUUCCCUUAAAGAAGCAAGAAUUAGAACUGUUAAUUAAUACUGCCAAGGAACGGCUUAAUAGAGCUGAGAUAUAUAUCUUGGAAAAAUUACUCCAAAAGCACUCUAGAAUUCUUCAAACUAAUGACAAUUCUAAUGCUGAGAGAUUGAAUGAACUUAAAGAGAUUUUAAGUGCAACGUUAAUCCAAGAAGACUUACAAACACUUUUAAAUAAACAAAUUGAAAUAUUUUAUUUAGAAAAGCAUUUAGAAAUUUUACAAACUGAAUAA